AAAGCAUGAAAUUGUACGUGAAGAAGUCAACGCUGGUGCGGCCGGCGGCGGAGACGCCGCGCGUCAGCCUCUGGAACUCCAACCUGGACCUGGUGAUGCCCAACUUCCACGUCCCUAUUAUCUACUUCUACCGCCGCCCCACUGCGGCAGCGGACUUCUUCGACGCGGCGGUGCUGACGGCGGCGCUCGCCCGCGUCAUGGUGCCUUUCUACCCGGUCGCCGGAAGGCUGAAGAAGGAUGUGAAUGGGCGGUUCGAGAUUGACUGCAACGCGGAGGGAGCGCUUUUCGUGGAGGCGGAAUCCGACGGCAGGCUUGAUGAUUUCGGGGAGUAUUUUUCUCCCACCUCCGAGCUCCGCUGCCUUGUACCGGCGGUGGAUUAUAGCCUGGAUAUUUCUGCCUACCCACUUUUGGUGUUGCAGGUGACGCAUUUUAAAUGUGGUGGAGUGUCCUUAGGUGUCGGAAUCCAACACCACGUAGUCGACGGACUUUCCGGCAUCCAUUUCAUGAACACGUGGUCCGACAUGGCCCGUGGCCAUGGCGCCCCUGCAUUGCCUCCGUCCAUCGACCGGAAUAUUCUCCGAGCCCGCAAUCCGCCUCGGUCUGAAUUCGAGCACAUCGAAUACCACUACCCUCCGACACCCGCUUCUUCCGACGAAGACCGGAGCACCACCACGGCUGUUUCGGUACUCAAGCUAUCCAACAACCAGCUAAACAGCCUCAAGUCCAAGUUCAAAUCACCGGACGGGAACAGCUCCUACACCUCGUACGAAAUGGUGGCCGCACACAUCUGGCGGUGUGCCACCACGGCCCGGCGCCUGGCGCCGGAGCAGGAGACCAAAGUCUACAUCGCGACCGACGGGCGGUCAAGGCUCCUCCCGCCGCCGCCGCCGGGCUACUUCGGCAACGUGGUCUUCACCGCCGCGCCGGUGGCGGCCUCGGGCGACAUCCGGGCGCAGCCGGUCGGGUACGCCGCGGGUAAAAUUCGAGACGCGCUGGCAAGGAUGGACGACGAGUACAUGAGGUCGGCGCUCGAUUACUUGGAGCUGCAGGACGACGUGAAGGCGCUUGUUCGUGGGCCCCACACGUUUAGGUGUCCAAAUAUGGGGAUAACCAGCUGGGUGAGGAUGCCUGCUUACGUGGCGGAUUUCGGGUGGGGUGGGCCCGUGUAUGUGGGGCCAGGCAUGGUUGCCUAUGAAGGGCUGUGUUACUUGUUGCCUCCUCCUCGUUCGGCGAACAAAGACGGCGGCGGCGGCUUGUUGGUGGUGAUCUCGUUGCAGAAGGAACAUAUGGAGAUGUUUGAGGAGCUGCUCUAUGACAUUUGAGUGUGCUUAUUGUUUUUGUUGGUUUUGUGAUCUUCCAAACUUUGGCAAUAAAAUUUUAAUUAGCAUUGUUUUCUGAUAUUUUA